AUGAAGCUGGUCGACUUGGCAGUUGCGGGCGUCAAGGCCGAGCGCCUCCGCUGGUUGCAUGGCUCGGCGGCGCUUGCCAGCGGCUCGCACGUGCUCUACUGGAUGCAGACGUCGCUGCGCACGCGCUACAACUACGCACUUCACGUCGCCAUGGCCGCGGCGACUGCGCUCCAGAAGCCGUUGUACGUGCUCUACACGCUGGACACGCGCGAGGCUGGCAUGUCGGAGCGCCACAUGGCCUUUCUCCUCGAGAGUCUGUAUGACGUCAACAAGUCGCUCGCACAGACGCACCACAUCCCAUUCAGCGCCGUCCACUGCUCGUCGGGCUCGGACGGGCCUCUCGACCUUGUCCUUGCCGCGAGCCGCAACGCGUCGCUCGUCGUGACCGAGCUCCAGUACCUCCGGGCAGGGCGUAAGCUUUGCACGUCGUUUGGCGAGCAGGUCACAGCGCCGGUCGUCCAGGUCGAGAGCGACGUGGUCGUGCCCGUUGAAGUCGCAAGCAACAAGGAGGAGUACGCGGCGCGAACGCUUCGGCCCAAGAUCACCAAGCAUCUGCCAACGUACAUUACGCCGCUGCCAUCGAUUGCGUACACACCGCCGUCAUCGGCCCCGAAAUCCCUGCAGGAGCUGCAAGCCAUCUCGCUGUCACGCCACGAUGCAUGGCUCGACCUGACCGAUGCGUCGGCCGUCGACACGCUCCUUGCCGCGGCCAAGGACGUCGAUCGCAGCAUCCCACGCCUUUUGAGCAAGAAGCUGCUCAAGUACGGCACCGAGCGCAACGAGCCGAGCGGAAAUGGCGCGAGCAACCUCUCGCCGUAUUUACACUAUGGCAACAUCUCGCCCGUCGACAUUGCGCUGCAGGUGAAUGCGACCGAAGGCCGGGGGCCCGCAAUGGCCGCGUCCAAAGCGUCGUUCCUGGAAGAGCUCAUUGUGCGCCGAGAGCUCUCGAUGAACUUUGUGUGGUUCAACCCGCGCCACUACGACUCGAUCAAGAGCCUUCCGCCGUUUGCGACCGAGACGCUGGCGAUUCACGCCGACGACGCGCGGGCCAUCAUCUACACGGAAGCGCAGCUGGACAAGGCGAUGACGCACGACGCGUACUGGAACGCGGCCCAGCUCGACAUGAUUGUCAACGGCAAGAUGCAAAACUACAUGCGCAUGUACUGGGGCAAGAAGAUUCUCGAAUGGACGGCGUCGCCGGAUGAAGCGUAUGAGAUUUGCAUGCGCCUCAACGACAAGUACAACCUCGACGGGUCCGAUCCCAACUCGUACACGGGGAUUGCGUGGGUCUUUGGGAAGCACGACACGGGCUGGGCCGAGCGCGCGAUCUUUGGCAAGGUGCGCUACAUGAAUGCCGACGGACUCAAGCGCAAGUACGACAUGCAAGCGUACGUCAACAUGAUUCGACGACAGUGUACCGCAGCCAAGAUGACGCUGCAGCCCAAGCAAUUGGCGCUCGAGUACACGAAACCCAGGGCCAAGCGACAGAAAAAGUUUAGCCUCAUGCAGGCGCUCAGCGUCGCCCAUGUGCUCGUGUCCGUGUACUGCAGUGUCUGGUUUGUGGACCUUGUGACACCGAGCUUGCAGAACGACCUCUUCUGGCCACAGUUUGCCGCGUCGACGGCGCAAACAUACCUGCUCGACGUCUACCGACGACACUUGACGACAACAUUGGCCAACGACGCUUUGUCCUUCGACCUCUUGGACGCACGCGAAGGGAUCGUCAAGGUCUACGGCGCACCGACGACCGUGGGCUUAAUCCAGUCGACGUACGCCCGGUCGCUUGCCCUCGGUGCCUACGCGUCGGUGGAGGACGCGGUCGUGGGUUUCCGGUCGCUCGACCCGAGCUACACGUUUUCGCUCAUGACGCUCUACUGUUGGGCCGACUUUGAUCGGCGCUGGGCGCUCGCCCACACGGCGGCGCGUCAAGCGCGGUGUACUGCGUUUCUGCACGCCAACGGCGCCGUGUACCUCGAGUCUGUGUUGCGCAAUGUGGCGUGGGCCCCGUGGACGGCGCUGUACGGUGCGAGCUUUGACGCGGCCGUCGGGGACGCGAUCAGUGGGGCGGCGGGCGGCGAAGCUUGGCUCGCGAGCCUCGCGCAUGCGUUCACGUCCAUUGACGACGAGGUCGCGUUCUGGAAAUCCAAGCGCAUUGUCACAUACGAGCUGCAGUGGAGCAACAUGGAUGUGUUUGGUAUCCACGAGUCGAUUGGCGUGGUCAACAUGCUCGGGUGGACGCAGGCGCUGACGACCAUUUCGAUCUCAUAUGCGCCAAAAAGCUCCAUGUGGACAUCGUUUGCACUCAACUGA